AGUGUCGGAGGGAGAGUCGCGAGACACUGGCUGAAAGUAACGGAGGGGCUGAGCGUGAGCUGAAGAGCUAGCCGGCUAGCUAGCGGUGGCCAUUGUCGUCUUUUGUUUUUUAACACUUUAAGUAUUUUUUUUAACUAGUUACUCAGUAUUUUUUUUUUAUAACACUCGCUGGGAGCGUUAUACUAUUAACUCGUUAACACCAUACUGCAACGAGUGUUUUCCUGGGCUGGAAUCUCGAAUCGGCGGAAUGGAUAUUAGCUGGCCAGCUAGCUGACAAGCCACCUUCGAGUUAGCAUCAAAGUUGUCGAAACUAGCCGAAGUAGUUUUUUUUUUUUAAACUAUAGUUUAUUUUAAAGUAAAGUCAGAGUAGGUCACUGAGUGGCCGUUCCUAUAAGUUUAGGAAAACAUCCCGGAGAAAUAAGACUUGUGAAAGCGAAGAAGGGGGUAAAAGGAGCCGCGGUCUCCUCCUCGCCUGUGUCCGGGGACACGAUGUUGUCCAACUCGCAGAAUCAGCUGGUGUUCCCCAACCAGCAGCAACAGCAGCAGCAAGCUUUACAGCACCUGCAGUUCCACGCCAAACCCGCGCUUCAGAUCAAGAAAAACGCCAUAACAGACGACUACAAGGUCACCAACCAGGUCCUGGGUUUAGGUAUCAAUGGGAAGGUGUUGGAGAUCGUUCAGAAGAAGAACGGGGAGAAGUACGCGCUGAAGAUGCUGCAGGACUGCCCCAAAGCCAGGCGCGAGGUGGAGUUGCACUGGCGGGCCUCACCCUGUGCUCACAUUGUGCGUAUCAUUGAUGUGUACGAGAACCUGUACCAGGGCCGCAAGUGCUUACUCAUUGUCAUGGAGUGUAUGGAUGGCGGGGAGCUUUUCAGUCGCAUUCAGGACCGAGGGGACCAGGCGUUCACAGAGAGAGAGGCUUCAGAUAUCAUGAAGAGUAUUGGAGAAGCCAUCCAGUUCCUGCACUCUAUCAAUAUAGCUCACAGAGAUGUCAAGCCAGAAAACCUCUUGUAUACCUCAAAGCGACCCAGCGCCGUCCUCAAACUCACAGACUUCGGGUUUGCCAAAGAGACGACCACACUCAAUUCGUUGGCCACGCCAUGUUACACUCCCUAUUACGUCGCCCCUGAAGUUCUUGGUCCAGAAAAGUAUGACAAAUCCUGUGAUAUGUGGUCUUUGGGUGUCAUCAUGUAUAUUCUGCUUUGUGGCUACCCUCCUUUCUAUUCCAAUCACGGCCUGGCCAUAUCACCUGGCAUGAAAAAGAGGAUCCGAAUGGGACAGUACGAGUUUCCAAAUCCUGAAUGGUCCGAAGUUUCUGACGAUGCCAAACACCUCAUCAAGAGGUUGCUAAAGACAGACCCCUCGAUGAGGUUGACCAUAUCAGAGUUUAUGAACCAUCCAUGGAUUAUUCAGUCCAUGGCAGUGCCACAGACCCCUUUGCACACCAGCCGUGUACUAAAAGAGGAGAAAGAUGUCUGGGAGGAAGUCAAGGAGGAAAUGACUAGUGCCUUGGCCACCAUGAGAGUGGACUACGAGCAGAUCAAAAUCAAGACCAUCGAAGACUCUUCCAAUCCACUGCUGAUGAAGAGGAGAAAGAGAGCCAACAUGGCCCCUGAAAAUCAGACACCCAACAGCUGAGGACAGUGUUGGUCUCAAAUGCAUCCAUAUAUGUGUAGGUUCAAAAAGGUUAUAAUAAGGAAGCAAUAAUUCAUUUUAAACAAUGGGAAUGUUAGUGGGAAUGGAAAUUAAACCAGAGUCUAAUCUCUUUUACUGAUUUUUUUUUUUUUUUUUUUUUCUCAGUUUUCUACAGAAUUCUUUUUAUUACUCAGUCUUUGAAACUAUUUAACCACUCUGCAUCAUCAAAAGGCAUUUAGAAAUUGUAGUCAAAAAUGGAAAGCCAAAUGGAUGUUUUCCCCAAAAGAGCUGAUGAUUGUAGUUGCUUGUUCAUAUUACAGUUAGUGUUUUCUCACAUGGCAUUCUGGUUUAUCGGUGGAAAAGACCACAGAAGCGAAGGAGUGUAUUGCUUUUUCUGUUUCCUUCCCCUUUCAAAUCAAAGCCGUCGGUACAUUUAUCACAUGCGCACUAGUCACUGCUAUUUUAUUUCCUUUUCAUUUGUUUUUGGAUGUGCAAACCAAAUUUCACUCUGUUUUGUCAGGUUCUUCAGUUUGCAUGUGCAUUUCUCAGGUGUUUGUGAUGAAACUACCAGAGGAACUCAUGCCUUAUGCAAGCUUUCUCACACAGUGCGCUCCACCCCCCCACACCCCCCAUUUCACCCCCUUUCUCAGAAACACCCCUGCACUAUAUGUUUAAAAGGCUAAUCUGAGGGAAAAAAAAAUUGGGUAACGCUAUCACUGACGUGCUGACAGACAAACUUGUUCUUGAAAUGACUUGUCGAAUGUAGACAAACUCUCUUCCUGACUGUGAAGCUCUUGGAACACCUCUUACACUGCCUCUCAAGAUGCAGUCAUUCAAAGGGUUCAGAUUUCUUCAGAGCUUCACAUUUCAUUCUUAGUGGCCUGUGUUGCUGAGGUUAUUCUACUGGUUUGACAGUUGGGUGUCUUUUAGCUCCUAACGAAACAGACUCUGUUUACACAAGGAGAAUCCUCUUCAGCACGUUUUUAUAUAUCUUUUACCCUGUCCACUCUCAUGUUUAUGCUUUAACUGCCCUGUUCGGGUGUUCUGCAGUUCGCCUCGUCCGUGCUAUGCAUAUUAUCCACCAGUUUUUUUGUUUUGUUUUGUUUUUUUUGUUUUUUUAAAUACCUUGGUCAGUGUUUAAAAUGAUCUAUGGUUAUACUGUUAGUUGUACACUGUUUCUGGCCCUCAUCAGUAAAAUGCACACCCCUUUGAGGAACUGAUCAGUAUGAUAAGGGAAUGUCUAGUUGUGAAUGGACACUGAUGGAUGAAGUUUUGUUCUUUCCGGUGGAUAUGCAUUUGUUUUCUUUUGUCCAUGGCAAGCCACAUAAGAAUGAACUUGCUAUGUAAAAACAUUUGUAUAAAUAUCAGAGAACUGUUUCCUCUGACUUCAGUCAGCAAGUGUUAUGCUGGUAUUUUUUCUUUUGCUUUUAUGUGCCCUUUUGUGAUAGGGAUCAGGUUUAAACCACCCAAAGCAGCAUCUCAAGUCAUAUGGUGGAAGAAAGUAUCUUUAUAUGUACAGUACAUCAUCCCAGCGGACUGGCAUUGCUGAUUUCUGUAGCACUGAUGGGCAGGAUGAUUUAUCCUUUUUGUUCAAUUUUUUAAUCCAAAUUUUAUAUUUUAAAAAUAUGCAUACAGGUUAAUUAGCUAUAAGUAUUGAAUGGAAGCAAUGGACCGCUAACUAAUUCAAAUUUGCAAGCUAAUUUAAAGGAUCUCUGUGCUCCUGUUUCCCCCCAGGGUGGAAAUUGGAAUUUUUUUAUUUUUUUUUGCUUUUUUCUUGCUCUCCAGUUGUAAGCCAUCUUUUUAUUUCCUCAGCAUUUUUUUUUUUUUUUUUUUUUUUU